AUGGAUCUAUCUAAUUUAUCAAAUACGUUACCAUCGACAAAUCCAUCAGCUACAACAACACCGACCUCAUCACAAGGAAAUCUAAGUCACGAAUUAACGAAUCACUUUAAAGACGCUGCCAAAUCGGUUGCUGCUCUAUACAACGCAUCACUUAAUCACAAACAUAGCAAUAAUACCAACAAUGAUAAACUUGUUAAAACUGAAUUUGCUAAUGCAGCCAAAUCUGUCGCGUCAUUAUACAAACUAAGUCAAUCGGCACACCAUACGGCGCAUAGCAAAGGUUAUUUACAAUGUCUCGAAGAUAUACUAUCCGUGUUGGCAAAUGAUGAAGAUGUUGAAGACUGGGUUCUAACUAAGAGAAUAGAUUUAUUGAAUCAAGGACAUUCGAAACAACAAUCUACUAGUGAUUCAACCAACCUGGCGCCACAAUCAGAACCAAUAUCACUGUCCGAUUCAGAGGAUUUUACUAUACCUCAGGAUUAUGAGUUUAGUUUUAAUCUGGAUAUUAGACCACCUACAAGUUUUAGAGCAAGUAUUCCCCCAAUUUCAGUACAACAUACUGGAAAACAAAGAUUGGCAAUUAAUAAUCCACAUUCAAGACAUAACAAAAAGUUUAUACUUUCUGAUGAUGCAAUAAUUGAGGAUCUCAGUGAAAGUGAAGAGAAAGAACUCAAGCAACAUCAAAAGUAUUUCAAUGAAAGUCCUUUGAAAAAGAAGAAAAAGUUUAAUUAA